UGAUCCACUAAGGGCUGGUCAUGUGACUCAGCCGUUCGCACUCUUUUGUCAGUUCUCCUCGGACCUUCGCGACUCUGAACAUGAGGCUGCUGCAGGAAAGUGUGCUCGUCCUGUUUCUCUGGACCUGUGCGGUGAACUGUGCUCACUCCAGGAGCUGCUCAGCGUUUUUCUGCAGAAAACCUCACCGUGUCAGCGAGCUGCACCGAGGAGGAGGAGGAGGAGGAGUGGACCCCGGCUCUCCGCUCUUCCUCACUCCCUACCUGGAGAAGGGCGCUAUAGAUGAAGCUCGGCAACUGAGUCUUGUGGGGACACUGCCAGGUGCCAAUGUUAAAAGCUAUGCUGGGUAUCUGACCGUCAACAAGAAAUUCAACAGCAAUCUCUACUUUUGGUUCUUCCCUGCACUCAAGCCAAUCCAAGACAAGGCUCCGGUCCUGCUGUGGCUGCAGGGGGGACCAGGUGGCACCUCCAUGUUUGGUCUUUUUGUGGAGCACGGACCAUAUGUGGUUUAUAAGAACCUGACUGUUGGUUUAAGAGACUACGCUUGGACAACCAGAUAUUCAGUCUUGUACAUUGACAAUCCAGUUGGAACUGGUUUUAGCUUCACUGAUGACGACAGAGGUUUUGCUCAGGAUCAGGACGACGUUGGCAGAGACUUGUACAGUGCUUUAACGCAGUUCUUCCAGAUCUUUCCCGAGUAUCAGUCCAAUGAGUUCUAUGCCACCGGAGAGUCUUAUGCAGGGAAGUACGUUCCUGCCAUUUCUUACUACAUCCACAAAAACAACCCAACUGCAAAGGUGAAGAUCAAUUUCAUGGGCAUGGCGAUUGGUGAUGGGCUUUGUGAUCCAGAAAUGAUGCUCGGUGGUUACGGUGAGUUCCUGUUCCAAACUGGCAUGAUUGAUGAACACCAGAAACAGUAUGUUGUCCAGCAGACUGACCUUGGGGUGGAAUUCAUUCAGCAGGAGAAGUGGGUGGAGGCUUUUCAGGUCUUUGAUCGCUUGCUGAAUGGUGACGUGGAUCCAUAUCCCUCCUUCUUCCAAAACGUGACCGGCUGCACCAACUACUUCAACUACAUGACAUGUCAGGAGCCUGAAGACCAGGAGUAUUUCUCGCAGUUUGUGACUCUGCCUGAGGUGCGGCGUGCCAUCCAUGUGGGCAAUCUGACGUUCAACGACGGCUCUGAGGUGGAGAAACACCUCGUGCAGGACGUCAUGAAGAGCAUCAAACCGUGGCUGGGAGUUCUGAUGGACAACUACAGGGUCUUAAUCUACAGUGGUCAGCUGGACGUGAUCGUAGCUGCUCCACUGACCGAGAGGUUUCUGCCGACCGUUAACUGGACCGGAGCCGCCGAGUUCAAUUCCGCGCCACGCUACCACUGGAAGGUCCAGCCCACUGACACGGAGGUGGCAGGUUAUGUAAAACAAGUGAAAGACUUUUACCAGGUCAUCAUCCGAGGAGGGGGACACAUUCUUCCUUACGACCAACCAGCGAGGUCCUUCGACAUGAUCGACAGAUUUCUCUCAAUACGAGGCUGGAUAUGAAAUGUUUUGUAUUAAAAAUGCAACCAAAGUACCUUCACCUCCAAAUGAACACGAUCUUAAAUUAGCGCCUCUUCAUCAUCAUCAUCAUCAUUCAUUGUAAAUCAGCACAUGCUUUGUUGAUUUGCUGCGCAUCUUUGCAAAUGAAAUGUCAUUGAUUUUCUGGGAUUUUAGCAGAUGUGAUAUUUGUUGUAACCUGUAACUUGACUGCAAAUGAAAUAAGUUCCUGGAUGAAUGUCACUGAAUAGCUGCCUGUAUAUUUCAGAGUUUGAAUCAAAUGGUAAAAAAAGAAACUGCAGCUUCAUUUGAUUAUCAGUUUUUCUUCAUGUGGUGGAAAAAAACUUGAAAUAAGAGAAAUGACUUCAAAUAAAAUUAUUUUUUUGUAAAUUAAAAAUGUUUUAAUGUUCAGAAAUGACUGCAAUUCCCAUUCCACUGAUUGUGACUGUUAUAAUGAAGCACUGAUAAUUCCUUACAGGUUAAUUAACUGUGAAGUUAAAAUUAAAGUGUACACCAGGGGUCGCUGUUCUCCACA